AUGUCACCUUCAAAGUUAUCAACGCGCUUUGUGAUCUUCGUAAUUGUAUCGUUGAUGACUCACCUGCUAGAACUGGCGGCAAGCGGCGUGUUCUGCCACACUCUGAUGCAGCAGGCAGAUCUGAGAAUGCCCUGGUUCAGUGUUGCCGCCGGUCUGCUUAUACUUCCUGUAGUGGCUAUCCAGUUAGCGUCUGCUGUAUUUCUCCUCAAGAGAAAAGGGGAAACCUUCACAUCGUGUGAGAUUGCCACUACUGCCAUCCUGCAUGUCCUCCAGCUGGGCUUCAUCAGCAGACACUUUAUCAUACUUAGAGAAACGUCACUGUCUUCUAAGCGGAAGGAAAUCACUGAGAUGAUGCUGCUACGUGUCUGUUUCGCUUUUACAUCGGGCUCCACGCUCCUCUUUGUGCAGGUCUACCUCUUGUUACAGGGACCUCUAGAAGGGACGUGGAUAUGGACUGUUUAUUUUUCCGGAGUAACGAAUCUGAUUUCUGUUGCCUGGGCCGUCUCUACCUCACAAAAAAGCUUGCCAGAUCACGAAUUCAGCGCGCUACUCAUCACCUGGCCGGGAUCACUUUUUAAAAUAUUUUGGCGCGCUGGAGAAUUGCUGGCCAGAAUUUUGUCCGCCGCGCUUUUCGCGUCAUUGUACAUGCGCUUCCUGUUUCUAGUCCUUGGUCUGCAUUGGUUAUCAAUGCUUGUGUGCUUGUAUAUACCUCUGAUAACCUCUAUACAAUGGCCGGCCUGUGGAAGUUUCAAAAAGACGCUCAUUCGCCUAAUGAUUUCGUUUACUCAUAUAUUCACAUUCAUCAACACCAGUGUGGAGAACAGCGUGUUUCGCUUUACAUUUUAUUAUGUCAUAUUUUUCCUGGAAAACGCAACCCUUAUUACGGUUUGGUUUGUUCAGUCAUCGGCAGAAUACUUCUCUAGGAACAGCAUCUUUGCUUACGUAGCAGUGGUGUCUUUCAUUGUGUCUGUUACCUCAAUGAUAAUUUAUUACAAGUAUGUCCACAUUCCCGUAUCUAAAGCAAGUCCAGUUAGAACCUGCGACAACUCCUUCUGCAUGGCGUGUAAUCCUACAGACGGUUCUAACUGCCAGUCUGGCCCUGGACAGCAAGGAGUAACUAAAUCCAAUACCAGCUUAACUGAAGCUCCAAUUUCCCUGUGUUCAUAUCAGCUGCAACAGAAGCACUAUUUUGUUCAAGACGGCGCAAAUGAGUGUAAUGGCUGUGCAAAUACAAAAGGCAGAAGUUGUCGCCACAAUGGAAGUUCUUUGUCACAAAGCAACACUGAAAACACGAGCUCGUCUCUUGAAGACGACAAAAAUCACAGCAACAAGCAUGAAUACACCGCUUUAGAACUGAAGUUCGGCUCCGCCGGAGUUCACACAGAACAAGUCAGUUGUCAGCUGUCUCAGAAACAACCUGUUUGGCUGCCAAGCGGUGACUCCAACUUCACAAAUCAGCUGCUGACUUACACUUUGGACAACUUUGAUGCAGCGGAGACUGCGGACAGCGAACGUUCAUCCGAUGUUACAGAGUGUGUUGGUUACACCAGUAGUCGUCUGCCUCCACCGCAGACUGCAGCUUAUGAACAGAACUCUGUUGCAGGCACUUCUAAGACGAGCCAACAAGUGAACCAGCAAAAACCAUCUCAAAAACUCACACCCAAAAUUGGGCAGGCUGACGUGUACGACUCUGAAAAUAUGUGCUCGUGCGCCUGUUCUUGUUCAUAUGAAGUUCCAGAGAUUGCCCCUCCAGAGCAUGGCGUAUCAUCUGUGCCAGAGUCUCCAAACACUAGAACGACAGAGACAGUAGUUCUACCAUGUCUUCAAGCAGAUAUUCAUUGCCAUCAUCGUCAUCAUCAUCAUCACAGAGCUUCAUACAAAAACACCAGUUCAGUUAUUUUAAAUGAGAAUUUACCGAGCUUAGAUACCGAAAACAAAAACACUAAUCCAUCAAAAGAUGUUCACCAGGCCCAAGAAUGCAUAUCUUGCAUUCAGCCACCGAUGGUUUCCGGUCCCGGCUGCUAUAAAAAUAAAAAACGGAAACAUUCGCAAAAACGAAAAUUACACAUCUCAACAGUUGUGGACACGUUCACAACUCUGUCAACGUCAACAGAACAACACAGUAUGGGAAGCAACCCUGCCCAAAAUUACAUCUGCUUACCCAGUAAAAAUAUUGACCUCUCACCGGCUCAGAACGAUCAGUUGGCAAUAGAACUGCUUAAAUCAUCAUUUCAUUCGGAGAAUCAGAAUCACGCAGUUGAAAACACCCCAGAUAUCGCAUCGGUACCUACCUCAGAUCCACGUUUCAGUGUUCGAGUAAUGACAUCGCCUGUACCUGAAAACUCCACGUGUGUUAGCCUCGUCAGUUCCAACACAUCACAUAAAAUAAUGAACACAUCUCGUGACAAUGUAAGGGAAUAUUCAGAGCCGGGACAACGAAAACACCAACAAACUGAAACAGAAAACAGAAAAACAUUAAAUGCGGGUAGUUGUCUACUUGCAGGCGUUGUGUCCAGGCCAGAAAAUGAGUCGUGUCUAGUGGUUUCAAACAGAGUUCGAGACGAAGUCAGCUUGGAUACUACAAAUCGUAAAGACCUACCAAAUGAUCGAGAAGAUAAUGUCUAUGAAAAUCUAUGGCCUUCAGAAGGAAAAAACAAACUGAAGCCUAGCAAAGGUUGGGAUAUUUAUAGAACGGCUGACGUUGGUGCUCCUAGAAAGUUGGAGAAACGAGAAAUCUAUAGCGAGUCUGAGGACAGCGCACUGCCCAUGGAGUUUCUGAGUUCCAGCGCUGAAGUUUUCACGGGAUCCAACAGUGAUAGUGAUAUAAGUCUAGAGAUUGUUAUUUGA